AUGGGGGAUGUGAAGCUGGCUGCCUCAUCACGUGUUUCCAAAACUUCCCUCAGUGUGGAUCCCUCGAGAAUUGGCUCCAUGCCAGUGAUGGAGGCCCCUGCUUUCAUUUUGCCCCCUCGGAACCUCUGCGUCAAAGAAGGAGCCACUGCCAAGUUUGAAGGGAGGGUACGGGGUUACCCAGAGCCCCAGGUGACGUGGCACCGAAACGGGCAAUCCAUCACCAGUGGGGGCCGCUUCCUGCUGCAUUGUGGUGUCCGGGGGACUUUCAGCCUCGUGAUUCAUGCUGUUCAUGAGGAGGACAAGGGAAAGUAUACCUGUGAAGCCAUCAAUGGUAGUGGUGCCCGCCAGGUGACAGUGGAGUUGACGGUAGAAGGUGAAUUUGUGAAGAAGCAUGGUCAGCCUGUUGUUUCUAAAACCCUGGGAUUUUCAGCCCCAGCGGUGGAGACGCAUCCUAGCAUCUGGGGAGAGUGCCCACCAAAGUUUGCUACCAAGAUGGGCCGAGCAGUGGUCAAAGAAGGACAGAUGGGACGAUUCUCCUGCAAGAUCACUGGCCGGCCCCAACCACAGGUCACCUGGCUGAAGGGAAACGUCCCACUGCAGCCAAGUGACCGUGUGUCUAUGUCUGAGAAGAAUGGGAUGCAAGUUCUGGAAAUUCAUGAAGUCACCCAAGAUGAUGUGGGAGUGUACACAUGCAUGGUGGUGAACGGGUCAGGGAAGGCCUCCACAUCAGCUGAGCUUUCCAUCCAAGGUUUGGACAAUGCCAAUAGGUCCUUUGAGAAAGGAACAAAAGCCACCAAUUCAGGCAUCAGGAGGGAGGUGACCAAUGGAAUCUCGAAGGAGCCGAAACCAGACAGCCUGGAGACUGUGGCCGAAAAUAAAAGCUGCUCCAGCCCCCAGAGAGGCAGCUCCCCAGCCUGGGCCAUGAACAGCCAGUCUCAGCCCCUGAGAGAGUCCAAGCUGGAGCCAGGCAGGGACUUACCCAGAAAGGUCCUGCAGACCCCCGUCCUUCAGAAGACUUGCAGUACCAUCACCCUGCAGGCCACAAAAGUCCAGACGGAAACGACAGCACCAGUCUUGGGGGCCCUCUCUCCUUCUGGGGAAGAGAGGAAGAGGCCAGCGGCUCCUCAUCCAGCCACCCUCCCCUCCAGGCAGUCUGGCCUGGGAAGCCAAGAAGUUGUGAACAAGGUUGCUACCAGGAAAACCUCCAUGGAGAGCCAGAGGGAUUCGACGUUCCCCAGAUUCGAGAGCAAGCCCCACAGCCAGGAAGUCAGUGAAGAUCAAAUAGUCAAGUUCAGAUGUGAGGUUUCAGGGAUCCCAAAGCCUGACGUGGCCUGGUUCCUGGAAGGUGUCCCUGUGAGGAGACGAGAAGGCACCAUCGAGGUUUAUGAAGAUGCCGGGUCCCAUUACCUCUGCCUGCUGAGAGCCCGGGCCAGGGACAGUGGGAAGUAUAGCUGCACAGCUGCCAACAUCCGAGGCCAGGUGUCCUGUAGCUGGACCCUCCUAGUGGAAAAGUCAGCCAUGAUGGAGGUGGCCCCCUCAUUCUCCAGUGUCCUGAAGGACUGCACUGUCAUUGAGGGCCAGGAUUUUGUGCUGCAGUGCUCAGUGCAGGGGACCCCAGUGCCCCAAAUCACUUGGCUGCUCAAUGGGUGGCCCAUCCAGUACGCCCACUCCACCUGUGAGGCCGGUGUGGCGGAGCUCCAUGUCCAGGAUGCCCUGCCAGAGGACAAUGGCACCUAUACCUGUCUGGCCAAGAACGCCUUGGGGCAGGUGUCCUGCAGUGCCCGGGUCACCGUCCAUGAGAAGAAGAGCAACGGGAAGAGUGAGUACCUACAGCCCAUGGUGCCCGUCUUCCUUCAGGGCCUGUCUGAUCUCAAAGUCAUGGAUGGAAGCCAGGUCACCAUGACGGUCCAGGUGUCAGGUAAUCCACCCCCUGAGGUCAUCUGGCUUCACAACGGGAAUGAGAUCCAGGAGUCAGAGGAUUUUCACUUUGAACAGAGAGGCUCUCGGCACAGCCUUUGUAUCCAGGAGGUGUUCCCAGAGGACACUGGCACAUACACUUGUGAAGCCUGGAACAGCGCGGGAGAGGUCCGCACUCAGGCCGUGCUCACAGUGCAAGAGCCUCAUGAUGGCACCCAGCCCUGGUUCAUCAGCAAGCCUCGCUCGGUGACAGCCUCCCUGGGCCAGAGUGUCCUCAUUUCCUGUGCCAUAGCUGGGGAUCCCUUUCCCACUGUGCACUGGCUCCGAGAUGGCAAAGCCCUCUGCAAAGACAUUGGCCACUUCGAGGUGCUACAGAAUGAGGAUGUUUUCACCCUGGUUCUCAAGAACGUGCAGCCCCGGCACGCUGGCCAGUACGAGAUCCUGCUCAAGAACCAGGUUGGCGAAUGCAGUUGCCAGGUGUCACUGAUGCUACAGAACAGCCCUGCCAGCCCCACCCUGCGGGGGAGGGAGCCUGCCAGCUGUGAGGGCCUCUGUGGUGAAGGAGCUGGUGCUGAUGGUGGUGGUGGUGACUGCUAUGGGACCCUGAGGCCUGGCUGGCCAGCAAGAGGGCAGAGUUGGCCCAAGGAGGAAGACGGCGAGGAUGUGCGGGGGGUGCUGAAGAGACGCGUGGAGACGAGGCAGCACACAGAGGAGGCCAUCCGCCAGCAGGAGGUGGAGCAGCUGGAUUUCCGUGACCUCCUGGGCAAGAAAGUGAGUACCAAGACCUUGUCAGAAGAAGACCUGAAGGAGAUCCCAGCAGAGCAGAUGGAUUUCCGCGCCAACCUGCAGCGGCAAGUGAAGCCAAAGACUGUGUCCGAGGAAGAGAGGAAGGUGCAUAGUCCCCAGCAGGUCGACUUCCGCUCUGUCCUGGCCAAGAAAGGGACUCCUAAGACCCCAGUGCCUGAGAAGGUGCCAUCUCCAAAACCAGCCACCCCGGAUUUUCGUUCAGUGCUGGGCAGCAAGAAGAAAUUACCAGCAGAGAAUGGUAGCAGUAAUGCUGAGGCUUUGAAUGCCAAGGCAGCAGAAAGUCCCAAGCCUUCCCUGAAACCCGUUGGCAAUGCCAAGCCUGCCGAGACCCUGAAACCUGUGGGCAACACCAAGCCUGCCGAGACCCUGAAACCCGUGGGCAAUGCCAAGCCUGCCGAGAUCUUGAAACCCGUAGGCAACGCCAAGCCUGCCGAGACCCUGAAACCUGUGGGGAAUGCCAAGCCUGCCGAGACCCUGAAACCCGUGGGCAAUGCCAAGCCUGCCGAGACCCUAAAACCUGUGGGCAAUGCCAAGCCUGCCGAGACCCUGAAAUCCGUGGGCAACAUCAAGCCUGCCGAGACCCUGAAACCAGCUGGGAAAGAAGAACUCAAGAAGGAGGUUAAGAAUGAUGUGAACUGCAAGAAAGAGCAUGCAGGAACCACAGAUAAUGAAAAAAGACCAGAGAACCAAGGGACAGCCCCAAUCUUCAAGGAGAAGCUACAAGAUGUCCAUGUGGCAGAGGGUGAGAAGCUGCUCCUCCAGUGCCAGGUGUCCUCUGACCCCCUGGCCACCAUCACCUGGACACUGAAUGGAAAGACACUCAAGACUACCAAGUUCAUCAUCCUCUCCCAAGAAGGCUCACUCUGCUCCAUCUCCAUCGAGAAGGCACUGCCUGAGGACAGAGGUUUAUACAAGUGUGUAGCCAAGAACAGUGCUGGCCAGGCCGAGUGCUCCUGCCAAGUCACCGUGGACGAUGCUCCAGCCAGUGAGAAUGCCAAGGCCCGGGAGAUGAAAUCCCGGAGGCCCAAGACCUCGCUUCCUCCUGUGCUGGGAACAGAGAGUGAUGCGACCGUGAAAAAGAAACCUGCCCCCAAGACACCUCCGAAGGCAGCUAUGCCCCCUCAGAUCAUCCAGUUUCCCGAGGACCAGAAGGUACGCGCAGGAGAGCCUGUGGAGCUGUUUGGGAAAGUGGCAGGCAGCCAGCCCAUCACCUGCACUUGGAUGAAGUUCCGAAAGCAGAUCCAGGAGAGCGAGCACAUCAAGGUGGAGAACAGCGAGAACGGCAGCAAGCUCACCAUUCUCGCUGCACGCCAGGAGCACUGCGGCUGCUACACACUACUGGUGGAGAACAAGCUGGGCAGCAGGCAGGCUCAGGUCAACCUCACUGUUGUGGAUAAGCCAGACCCCCCAGCCGGCACGCCUUGCGCCUCUGAUAUUCGGAGCUCCUCGCUGACGCUGUCCUGGUAUGGCUCCUCGUACGAUGGGGGCAGCGCUGUACAGUCCUACAGCAUUGAGAUCUGGGACUCGGUGGACAAGACGUGGAAGGAACUAGCCACAUGCCGCAGCACCUCUUUUAACGUCCAGGACCUGCUACCUGAUCACGAGUAUAAAUUCCGUGUUCGUGCAAUCAAUGUGUAUGGAACCAGUGAGCCAAGCCAGGAGUCUGAACUCACAGCAGUCGGAGAGAAACCUGAGGAGACGAAGGAUGAAGUGGAGGUGUCAGAUGAUGAUGAGAAGGAGCCCGAGGUGGAUUACCGGACGGUGACAGUCAAUACCGAGCAAAAAGUAUCUGACUUCUACGACAUUGAAGAGAGACUAGGAUCUGGGAAGUUUGGACAGGUCUUCCGACUUGUAGAAAAGAAAACUGGAAAAAUCUGGGCAGGGAAAUUCUUUAAGGCAUAUUCGGCGAAAGAGAAAGAGAAUAUCCGGCAGGAGAUUGGCAUCAUGAACUGCCUGCACCACCCCAAGCUGGUGCAGUGCGUCGAUGCAUUUGAGGAGAAGGCCAACGUCGUCAUGGUCCUGGAGAUUGUGUCGGGGGGUGAGCUGUUUGAGCGCAUCAUCGAUGAGGACUUCGAGCUGACGGAGCGCGAGUGCAUCAAGUACAUGAGGCAGAUCUCGGAGGGGGUGGAGUACAUCCACAAGCAGGGCAUCGUGCACCUGGACCUCAAGCCUGAGAACAUCAUGUGUGUCAACAAGACAGGCACCAGGAUCAAGCUCAUCGACUUUGGUCUGGCCAGAAGACUGGAGAAUGCGGGGUCUCUGAAGGUCCUCUUUGGCACCCCAGAGUUUGUGGCCCCUGAAGUGAUCAACUACGAGCCCAUUGGCUAUGCCACGGACAUGUGGAGCAUCGGGGUCAUCUGCUAUAUCCUGGUCAGUGGACUUUCGCCCUUCAUGGGUGACAACGAUAAUGAAACCUUAGCCAACGUUACCUCAGCUACCUGGGACUUCGACGAUGAGGCAUUCGAUGAGAUCUCCAAUGAUGCCAAAGAUUUUAUCAGCAAUUUGCUCAAGAAAGAUAUGAAAAACCGGCUGGACUGCACCCAGUGCCUUCAGCAUCCAUGGCUAAUGAAAGACACCAAGAACAUGGAGGCCAAGAAGCUCUCUAAGGACCGAAUGAAAAAGUACAUGGCAAGAAGGAAAUGGCAGAAAACAGGCAAUGCUGUGAGAGCUAUUGGAAGACUGUCCUCUAUGGCAAUGAUCUCAGGGCUCAGUGGCAGGAAAUCCUCAACAGGGUCACCAACCAGCCCGCUCAAUGCAGAAAAACUAGAAUCUGAAGAAGAUGUCUCCCAAGCUUUCCUUGAGGCUGUUGCUGAGGAAAAGCCCCAUGUAAAACCCUAUUUCUCUAAGACCAUUCGUGAUUUAGAAGUUGUGGAGGGAAGUGCUGCUAGAUUUGACUGCAAGAUUGAAGGAUACCCAGACCCUGAGGUCGUCUGGUUCAAAGAUGACCAGUCAAUCAGGGAGUCCCGCCACUUCCAGAUAGACUACGAUGAGGAUGGGAACUGCUCUUUAAUUAUCAGCGAUGUUUGCGGGGAUGACGAUGCCAAGUACACCUGCAAGGCUGUCAACAGUCUUGGAGAAGCCACCUGUACAGCAGAGCUCAUUGUGGAAACCAUGGAGGAAGGGGAAGGGGACGGGGAAGAGGAAGAAGAGGAAGAGUGAGACAAAGCCAGAGAGAAGCAGUUUCCAAGUCAUAUUAAAAGGACUAUUUCUCUAAAGCUCAAGAAACUCAAAAUAGUAAAAGCAUCUAGUGUGGUAGAUUAUCUAGUUAGGUCAUUUAGGGGUUGAUUCUUCAGAACAGCAGUUGAUACCUAGCAGCAUUAUUGAUGGGCAUUAAUUUGAAUUAGCUGGCACCUUAAGAUACUAGUGCAGCUAGAUUUCAUUUAGGGAAAUCAUCAGUAACUUGCCUGACCAAUUGAUUUUACAGAGAAAGUAACCAAAAUAAAUAUUUAUCUGGACAAAGUCAUAAAUUCCCACUGAACACACUUGUGAAAAAUAAGGCCAAAACAAGGGCUCUGAGCCCUGCAGCCAGAGCUCAGCCCCGAGGGUUCCCGGAGAAGGCAGGCCUGUCUCCCCAGCCCGACUCCAGAGAACUGGGUCUCUCCAGUACCACAGCACUUCAUCCUGAAAGCAGUUGAGCCAUCCUAACUUAUGAGGCACAUUUUAUUCCAAAGUAUGCUGCAGACCCUUCAACUUCCUGUUUCUCUCCCCCAUUCUACCUGCCAGUUUUUUGGAUCUGAACCCGUCAUGAGUUUAAGCACUAAGGACAUUAUCCUUCUUAGAUUCUGAAGACAGGUCCCCCACUCCUGGAUGACUCUGGUUUCUUUAGGUAAAUAAAAUCUACUUUCUUCCAAAAUCAGUAGGAAAUCUAAACUUAUCCCCUCUUUGCAUAUAUCUAGCAGCUUCAGACAUUUGGAUAAGAACCCGUGGGGGAAAAAAAAUCUUUGCUAAUGUGCUUUUCUUCUUAAACCAGGAUUCAUAUUUGUGCUGUUAUAGACUAUCAGCUCUGCAUGUGUGGGAAGGGUUUUUGUGUUUGAACGUAGGAAAAACCAGUUGGCUGAAACGUUAGUCUUAAUUAUUUAUUAGCCACUACGAAAGAGAUUUCAACUGGUGAAGAGCUGUAGAACUCCACGUACUUUGGAAUCUCCUUCAAGAUAGUCUGAGUUUAAUACAUCUUCAUUCUCAACACUCUGCAAAGAACUCGACCUACCUUGUGGGUUCUACGACAUUUUUCUUCUUCAGUGUGCAUCAAUCAUGCCUUGCCCCAGCCUUGAAAUAUACUCUUAGACCUGAUAAAUGCACUCAGACUUGCAUCUUUAGGAACUGUUAACUUUCUUUCACUACAUUGGCACUUAAAUUUUUUUCUUUAUAAAGUUUUUUAAAGGUCAUAAGCAAAGACCAUAAACUGAUAUACCUAAUACAUUUUCUCUGUGUGUGUGUAACAUUCCAAAUACUUUUUUUUCUUCUCCACUGUUUGUAAAGUGCAGCAAUUUAACAUUUCGAGGGACUUUUUAAUAGUUCCUUAAGAACCAAUUUCAAAUUACUUCAGUGCAAUCCUACACAGUAUCAACAUUAGAAUUUUGAUAUUACGUAGCCUUAUGUUACCUUCCAUUCUAUUUUUAUCUGCUUUUUGCUGCUAGUUUCAAAUUGCCAGUAUUUUUCCUUUUUGCUUUUUAAACAGUUACAAUAUUUUUCAUAAUAGCCACAGUAUUGCCACAGUUUAUUAUAAUAAAACGUUUUUAAUUUGAUUUAGAGCAUUCAAAGCUUUUUUCCCAUCACUUUUGUGUUUAGACCAUAAUUUUUGUGUACAUGUAUGGUGUGUGUGUGUGCAUGUGUGGUGUAUGUGUUUACAGGUUAAUAUCUUCUUGAAAUUGUGUUAAUGUUCUCUCAUUUUAUUAUGCUGUCAUAAUGGUAAAUGAGAACACUACAACUGUAGUUAGCUCACAAUUUUUAAAUAAAGGAUACCACAGUGCAUGCCGUU